AUACGUGGCGGUGGGGCCGGCAGCAGGUCUGCGCACCCGCGCGCUCGCGCGCGCCGGCGGUGGCGGCGGCUGUGUUCAAGGGCUUGAUAUCACUCAGAAAGGAAGCGUGGGUGGAGACGAACGGCGAUACCGGUCUGAAAGUCGGCCAUCUCUGCGGCCGGUGCGCGCUGGCUAGUGACGCGUUCUUGUAGGCUUCACCCUCGCCAGAGCACCCUGCUGGAAGGAGCGCCGCCGUCCGUGCAUGAAGGUGCGGUAGGCGCCCGCCAUGCCGCUGUCGCUGCGUCUGCCGCUGCGGCGCGUCGAGCUGGACGCGGCGCCGGUGGUGCGCAGCAUGGAGGAGGGCGACACGCGGCUGGGUCGCUCGCGGCUGAACGCCACCGUCCGGCUGCGCCACCUGCUGCACGGGUCAGAGCGCCGGCGCAAGGCCGACCAGGAGUUCAGCGCGGCGCAGUCCACCGGCUCCAUGGCCGACUUCGAGCUGCAGGAGCUGCAGGAGAUGCUGCAGGAGCAGCCGUCGGUCGGCGCCCGCCGUUGGGACAAGUUCCGCUCCCUCUGGCAGCCACAGGACCUGGAGAACAACCUGAAGCAAAUGCUGCGUCUGGCAGGCUGCUCGCUCCGGAUCUUGGAGGCGGUCAAGCAGGAGGACAAUGAACAGCUGAUGACGCUGUGCGCCGACGACGAACUGUCACUGGUCGAGGAGGAGGUCGGCAUGCUGGCCGGCUGCCUGUUCGGGCGGCCGAAGCUGGUGAAAAAGAUGUUGAAGAAAGGUGUGCUGGUGUCGUCAGCGGACACGGACGGCCGGUCGGCCCUUCACCUGGCCGCUUUCUCGGGCAACCUGGACACGGUUAAGUGCCUGGUGAAGUACGGCGCCAACGUGAACGCCUUGGACGGCCGGCAGUCGACGACGCCACUGAUCUGCGCGGCGGCGGUCAGCUCGGCUGACACGGUCGCCUUCCUGGUGGACAACGGCGCCGACGUCGACGCCGGCCUCGACCCGAGCGACGAGACGGCGCUGCACUACGCCGUGCGCGCCAACUCGUACACCUGCGCAGAGCUGCUGCUGAAGGCGGGCGCGCGCACGAGUGGCACCAACCCGCGCGGCGAGACGCCGCUGCACGUGGCCGCGGACUACGGCUUCGACCGCUGCAUGGGUCUGCUGCUCAAGCACGGAGCCAACGUGGACCUGGUGAGCGGCACCGGCAGCAAGACGGCGCUCCACCUGGCCGUCGAGGACGGCAGGGUGCAGUGCGCCAAGCUUCUGCGAGAGUUCGGCGCGCGGAUCGACCUGAAGACGAGCCGCGGCCAGACGGCUCUCCACCUGGCGGCCAGGGCGCAGUCCGUCGAACUGAUCGAGCUGCUGCUCUCCUGGGACGCAGACAUCAACGCCAGAGACAACGACCUGCGCACGCCGCUGCACUGCUCCAUCGGCAAGCAGUGCCGCUCGCUGGACACCAUCAAGGUCCUUGUCAACAACGGCGCCCUCAUCAAUGAGGGCGACAUCGCCGGCUACACGCCCCUUCACUUGGCAGCGAUAAACGAGUUCUCCAGCUGCGUGGAGUUGCUAAUGGACCAUGGCGGUGACGUAACCUUGCGCAACCGGGGCGGUGUGUCCUGCCUGCAGCUGAUCAAACACCGCACCCCGUCCGUGCUGACCAAUCUGCCCGACCGCUUCAGCAGGUCCAUCCUCUUCUACGAGCGCGAUAACAUACCCAACAACAAGUUUGCGGAGCUGAAGAUUUCUUUUAAUCCGCUGAUGUCUCAGGCAAAGGGUGAAUGCCACUUUCUGAAGGCGCUGAUCGACAUUGAUCAGAAACACCUGCUCAAACAUCCGCUGUGCGAAAGCUUCCUGCAUAUGAAAUGGAUGAAAGUGCGCAAAUUUCUGUUCUUCAACGUGUUUUAUUACCUGGUGUUUUGUAUUUUGCUGAGUGCGUAUGUCCUUGGCACCUGUCACGGUGACUGCUUUAACGUAGGUCGAGGGUUGCAACUGGGACUGUGCUCAGGAAUCUCGUCGGAAGGGCUGGUGACUCUGCAUGCGAAGUGCCAUGGUUCUGAUCCGCCGCCCAUUCAACUGACGUGCUCCGCAAACAAAACCAAUGCCCCAACGAGGCUGGAUUUGUGUGACUGUGCCAAGUCCAGUUUUCAACUGCUGGCUGUGCAAAAGCCUUCGUUCUACACGGGCCUGUGGUACUUGCUCGUGGUCUUCGAUGUGACAUUAGUUUUCAAGGAGAUUUUUCAGCUCGUUCAGGAUCCUCCGCAGUACUUCCGCAAUCCAGAGAACCUGGCCGAGUGGGCGCUCAUGUUCUUUCUGCUGCUGAUCGGAACGCCAAUUUUCGGGGACAUAGCUCUCUGGCAAAACAUUUGA